UUUUGGCGGACAAGUCGUCACUUGAUUAUAAGCUUCCGUCAGACUAACAAUUGAGCAGAAAUAUAUUCAACAAAUUCGAAAAUGUGGUACCAAGUCAUCGUUUUCGCAGUCGCCAUCACGGCCAUUUCUGCUGACAAACGGUGUAUCUGCAAUCCUGGAGUCGGAAAUGUGAUUGCAUACUGUAAAUGCCCCUCUUCAAAAAACUUGUUGAAUGUAGGAGACGAAUUGACCGUUGGAACCUACCGCGGACGGAUCGUUCGAGCUUGGGACAGUAACGACAGUAACGACAGCAACAAUGGCGAUACAAUCGUCGUGUUCCUUCGAUCAAGCGGGACUAACAGCGUUCAAAACACAAAUGGAGUCGCGCAAUUAUUCAGCGAUUACGGAACAUGCAUCUGCGAUGUUUCGGACGGACAUGUGCUGCCAACCUGCGCAUGCCCGUUUCUAAACAACCUCAGGAGCGGAGACAACUUCGCCAUUCGAUACUUAUACACAACGCCCGCCCAAUCUUGGGAGAUUCUCGGCGGUCAACGUGGACGUGGACUCGUGAAACACGUCCAGUAUGUGCAGACUGACACCGAACAAAGUGGAAAUAUAUUGGGACAACUCCUCCGAUCGAGCGGGACUAACAGCAAUCAAGGUGGAAAUGGAGUCGUGAAAUUCAUCCGAUAUGAGCCGACUAACGGCGAUCAAAGUGGAAAUAUAUUCGGGGAUCUCCUCGGAUGGAGGGGGAGUAACGCCAAUCAAAAUAGAAAUGGAGUCGUGAAACGCUACAUUGUCCGCAGAAAUAAUAACGGCCAAGUGGAAAUUGAAGAACGCACUCAACGAAGCGGAGUGAAGCGCAAUAAUGGCAAUAACUAUCGAGAUUUGGCCGACUGCGUGACCGGGUGCCUGUCGGGAUGAUCACGAUCUUAACAUAUUCCUGCAGCUACUAUUUGGCGCUGAGAAAAUCUGGGUCAGAAUAGGAUAAACUAUGAAACUUUGAAAAUUUUAUUUUUUCUGAAUAGCUAAUACAGCACAUUUAUCUAAUGCUCACAAUAUUUUCUUGUAUCAUAUGCCAUAAUUACAGUGAUUGUUACAUGAAA